AGAAAGGUGCUCCAAAAGCUUGGACAGGUGCCCAGAAUUUCCGGUGGAUAAGGGGGUGGGCUUGUUGGUGUUUCAUGGAGGUUGUUGGUGUUUCAAGCACGAUGCAGAUCCGAGAAAUUGUGCUUCUGGGUCCUGUGGGUCGUUCUCUUGGAGACACGCCUGAACCCCUUGGAGGGGUUGUUUUUUGUUCUCCCAUCAUUUUGUCGGAGGGAGCCAACAAACGGUCCCAGUGACGGUUCUCAGACCACUUCUAAACAACGACAGGACCCAACAGUGCAGUCGAAGCAUUCAAAACAUGACGAGAUUCUGCUUCAGCUCAGAUUAGCUCAGAUCAUUUGGGCCGACUUGUUCGCCUUCUUUGGCCGAACUGGUGAUGGAAGAUCUUUUAUUGAAACUUCAAGACUCGAGCCCUGCCACUGUGGCAGAAACAUUGGCGUUGCUGUUGCCAGAGGACAUGCAACGUCUAAAAGAUGCUUUGAAUUUGCUUGAGACUCCUGCUUCGCCAACCAAGACUGAGUCUAGUUCGUGUGUCAGCUACCACGUGAUGAUGGUAGUAGAUGGCAGUGACUUUGAGUUGACUCUCAACAGAGAAGCAAGCACCUUUGACGCCUGUGUUGCCAUUGCUGCCAGAAAGAACCUGAGAGCCUCACAGGUGAAACUACUUGCUGCGGGCCAAAGCCAGCCCGUGAGAAUGAGCAAGAUGAUGCAGUUCCACAGUGAAAUGGGAGAAUGCACUGAAGUGCUUGCGAUCAUCACAGUGGGUUAUGACUUUGGACAGCCCAAAGGGCCACUGGCCACGUCCUGUUCAGAUAUCACCUUCGAGCACUUUCCUGUGUCUGCUUACCUCAGCGAUGGCACUCACAGCUCUGAUACAUUGGAGUCAUGUGAUGGGCAAGAGGUAUCUUGGCCGCUUUCCUGCGAAACCUCCAAGCCCGCUCUCAGCGUGCUUUUCUCGGAUCAUCCAGUGUGUGGAAAGAUUCUGAUGAGAUUCUUAGUGCAUCAGAGAACCUAUGCCUUGGGGCUCGGAGUGGCUUUAGUAGACAUGGACCUGGAGACAGAUCCAGAAUAUUCCGAGCACUUCUUUGGGCUGUACCACGGAGGCUACAGCGACAAUGUGUGCAUGCAGGCGAGGAGAACCUUUACAGGUCAGGAUGGCACUAAGCAUACAUGGACUGGGGGUGCAAGACUGGCCAUUCUAUUUGACUUUGAGGAGCGGAGCAUGCAGUGCUACGAGGGUGUGCAACGUUUUGGGCACAAGCAUAGUUGGCUGCCGACAGAAGAUUUGUAUCCGGUGGUCUCUUUUUGUCGUCCAGGUGACCGUGCUUGCAUCUCCGUCAGUUUCUGCUGAAGGGUGAAGUGCGAAGCUGAGUCAAAAGAGCUGCAUGGCUGAGGGAAGGUGGUUGGAUCCUGCAGAGAUAUAGAGAGAGAGAGGAAGUCCAGACUCCCUUGAAGUCCCAUCAACGUGAGAGGAAGUCCAGACUUGUUUGUGACCGACCUGUGGAAGACUGGAUGGGCAA